CCAAAGCCUGAGUCCGGCAUGACGUCAGCGACGGAUCAGUGAACUAAAACAAUCAGCCUCACUGCCCUGUUCCCAAACCGACCGCUCCAGAGACCCGGGCUCAGCGGACCCGAGUCCAGCAGCUGCGUUGUUGUCAUCGACCCCCCGCUCUCCAUUCUUCCAUCCAUCCCUCCUUCCUCCUGCUCCUCCUCUUCCUCCUCCGCAGCUCGGAUUGUCGGCGCGACCAUCCGGCACCGACACAUCCAGGACCGACAGGAGCGGGAACGGCACCGUCUGUCCGACCAGAGGAACCAGCAUGUCAGCUGCUGAGCCCGGCGAGGAGCUCGGCUCGGACGGGAGGUGGUUCGGGGACGACCGCGAGCCGAGCGGCCUGUUCGGAAACGCGGCGGCCAGGUUCGGGGAGCCGAGAGGCGGCGUCGACGCGACGGCCGACCUGGAUCACCAACAAUUUCAUCUCUUCCAGGAGGACAAGAAAAGGCCUCUCGUUGCUAUGGAAACUGCAUCUACAGGUGAUCCCAUUUCUGGCCUGUUUAGGAAACCCAUGAAUGACGACGGCGACGUUUACACCUCGCUGAUGUCCAAUCAGGCCUCCUACCUGCCGGACGACCUUAAGUCCUCCAACAUACUGAGCGACUUCACCGGCGACGCCUAUAGCUUCACUUCCAAAACCAAAACCGCUUCCAAUUUACCCGACGACACCCUGAAGUCCCUGCUGGGCUCCGACAAGACGGAAUCCUACAACUACAUGGAUAUCAGCCACGGGGAGGAGCGCCAAGGCAGCCGGGCCUUCGCUGACCUCGACCCGGUGGGGAGGUACAUCGAUAACAACCCCGGAGGAGACGAGGAAGACGAGGAGGAGGAGAAUCUGGGUCCGGCGCUCGGCUCCCACUCCUUCCCCUACGUGGAGGAUCCGUCUGAUGAGGAGCUGAACGACUACCGCUCCUACCGGAACCUGGGCGGCACCCCGCAGACGGCCAGCCCGGUGAAGAUCACCCUGACCGGGUCGUCCAAAGCCGAGCCGCAGCAGCUGCCCCCGUCGGUCGGCGUGUCGGAGCGCGAAAACGUCCUGAGCGUGGGUCAGCAGGGCGUUCCCACGGUAACCCUGUCUGAGCCAGAGGACGACAGCCCCGCCUCCACGCCCAACGCUUCACCAACAAGGAAACAGUUUUCAUCUGAGGACAUGUUCAAGGUUGAAUCCGGAAAGCCUGCAGCUUCCAGAAACAACGCGGGCCCAAAACCCGGGAGUCGGGAUCACGAGGGGAGCAGCGCCGAGUCCGGAGACUCGGAGAUCGAGUUGGUCUCCGAAGAGCCUGCGAAGCCGCGCAGCAACCCAUUUACUGAGCCUCCGAAGAACAAAGCGACCAGCAACCCCUUCAACAGCAACGCCCCGGUGGCCAAGGCCGGGCCGGGCCUCGCUGCCGGGCCCGGAGCCUACAGCAUCCUGAGGGAGGAGCGGGAAGCAGAGCUCGACAGCGACUCUCCGUCCCCUCUGGUCUCCACCGCCAGCCCUCCCCGCAGUCACCCUGAGGCGGCGCCGGUCCAGCCGCCGGUCCAGCCGCCGGCCGCCGAAAAGGCCAAGAGCCCUGUCAGAGCAGAGGAGGAUCCUCCCAGCAAGCCGAAGCCUCCGACCGCCGCUGUGCCUCCGGAGGUGAGAUCAGAAAAGCCCCAGCAGGGCGACAUGCUGCCCCAGCAGGGAAAAGGAGAGCUGGGAAAAGCUGCUGCUGUCGCCGCUCUGCUGGAGGGAUUCAGCAAACAGAAAGCAAUCGACCUCCUCUACUGGAGGAACGUGAAGCAGUCCGGCGCCGUGUUCAGCAGCGUCCUGCUGCUCCUGUUCUCCCUGACCCAGUUCAGCGUGGUCAGUGUCGGAGCCUACCUGGCUCUGGCGGCGCUCUCCGCCACCAUCAGCUUUAGGAUCUACAAGUCUGUGCUGCAGGCUGUGCAGAAGACCGAUGAGGGGCAUCCUUUCAAGGCUUAUCUGGAGAUGGAGAUCGCUCUGUCUCAGGACCAGAUCAGUAAAUACGCCGAUAAGAUCCUGCUGUACAGCAACACCUGCAUGAAGGAGCUGCGCAGGCUGUUCCUCGUUCAGGAUCUGGUGGAUUCCUUGAAGUUUGCAGUUCUGAUGUGGCUGCUGACCUAUGUGGGGGCACUCUUCAAUGGCCUGACGCUGCUCAUCCUAGCUGUGGUGUCCAUGUUCACUUUGCCUGUGGUUUAUGAAAAACAUCAGGCGCAGAUUGAUCAAUACGUGGGACUAAUACGCACACAGGUCAACUCUGUGGUGGGGAAGAUCCAGGCGAAGAUCCCCGGGGCCAAGAGGAAGGAGGAGUAAUCCUGUCUGUGUCACCUUGAAGCUGACGGUCCGGUCCAGCUCCGAGUCGGGCUCCUGGCUGAAGGGCCCGAUCAUCAUCUGUGGGGCGUAGUGCUUUGUCAUCUUGGUGUUCUCUAAAGCAUCCACUGGAGAAGCCUUCACCCUGUCUAUAGCAGUCCAACACUAACACACAGUCACAGUACGUGUAUAAUCCUGCUUCUAGGUAGACAACUACACAACUCGAAGACAAAAAAACAACCUGUUUGUGUUGCUUAUUAUGAAGUGCAUGAAGUCGAGCCUUGGGUAAAUAAUAUUUGAUAUCUUUUGUGCAGUUUUGAAAUCACGCUACAUUUUUGCUUUGCAGUGUUUAACCACGACUUGUAAUGGUUUGGCCCCAAGAGGCUGAAAGCCCACAGACUUCCUCCGCUGCCAGUGUUAAAUACAGCUUCAUGUCUCUGAGUUAGCAGUCGGGGCUUUUCUCAGUAUGUCAAUAGAAUAUAUAAAUAAUAAUAAUUUCCUUUCGGUGUUUCCAAGCACAAGGUAAUUUACGAUAUGCGUGUUAGAUGUGGUAAUCGUAGGGGUUUUGCUCUUUGUAAUAAUCAUAAGGAACAACACACAUGCUCACAUUAGGUACUGUUGUACAAGUAUGAAGACAAGGUGAUACUAAGCUUGUUUGAAUGACUGUCCAACUUUGUAUUUUGUUCAGCUAUACUCUGUAGUUCUUUAGACCCUGGACUCUAACUAUUUGCACUUACAGUAUGUAUUUAAUUACAGGAAUAAUGAGAAAAUAAAUGUACCUUGAUGUAA